ACAAUUUAAUAUUUGUUAAGUGUAUGCACAUGAUGUUCUUUGGCCUUGCUUAUAAAUAUAUGGAUGAAUUUAUAGAAAUAUCAAACAAAAAUUAAUCUCUAAGAGAGUGGUAUAGCAAGAAGAAGAAAACAAGUAAAACAUGGGGUGCAAGAACAUUAUUUUGUUGGUGCUAAUAGCAACUUUGAUCACAAAAGAGGUUUUAGCAACACAACAUGUUGUUGGUGGAAACCAAGGUUGGGAUCCAUCCUCAGAUUUUGAUUCAUGGAGUUCAAGCCAAACAUUCAAAGUUGGAGAUCAACUUGUUUUCAAAUACUCUUCAAUGCAUAGUGUGGUUGAACUAGGCAACGAAAGUGCUUACACAAAAUGUGAUAUUAGCACCUCCCUAAACUCCUUAAGCAGUGGAAAAGAUGUUGUGAAAUUGGACAAACCAGGUACAAGGUACUUCACAUGUGGUACUUUAGGUCAUUGUGGUCAAGGCAUGAAGGUGAAGAUCAAAAUAGUGAAAGGAAAUGGAUCUUCUUCCUCUGUAUCAUCACCUUCGUCGUCACCGUCGUCGUCUUCUUCUUCAACUACUUCCGGUGAUGCAUCUUCAGCGUCACAAUACUUUGCAUCUCUUUUGCUCAUUGUGACAAUAUCUUUUGUCACAAUGAUUUCUUUGUUUUAAUUAAUGAUAUUAAGUUGAGUUUAUAUGAUGUCAUGUUCUAUAAAUAUGUAACAUUGUUGAAUAAAAGACUGAGAAGAGACAUACUUUAUAUAUAGAUUUUAAAGUUUUUUU